AGCACGGGGGCGGAGUGCGACAGUCACGGACGGACCGUCCAUAGGCCUUUUGUGAAAAGUAUUCAAAAGCAGAGGGGGGCGUGUGUUUACGAUCGGUUCAUCAGCAACUUCCACUGUCACUCAACCCCGACACUGUCCAGUAAUUGGCUGUGCUCCCAUGAAGCCCCGCCUCUCUUGGCUCGUCUUGGCUGUUGAAGCGAUACCGUGGGAAAGCUGGGCGCUUUAAACGGGAUGAUCUCCGAGCGCACCUGACAGUUGUACGGUCGAGACUCGAGGCGAGCACAAGGACUACUCUGUUACUCGAGCUACUUACGGGACAACAUGAAGCGGAAUCAUGACUUCAGUUCGUCCGAUAGCGAGCUGGACGAAAAUAUUGAAGUUGAGAAGGAGAGCGGUGACGAAAAUGGGAGUCUAAACUCUCCGCUGGGGCCGAUGUCUCCCUCCACGACGACUCAGGUCCAGGCGAGAAAGCGUCGGCGUGGGAUCAUUGAGAAACGUCGCCGUGAUCGCAUUAAUAACAGCCUGACGGAACUGCGAAGGCUCGUUCCCAGCGCCUUUGAAAAACAGGGUUCUGCCAAACUGGAGAAAGCGGAGAUUCUGCAGAUGACGGUGGACCACCUCAAGAUGCUCCACGCCGCGGGAGGUAAAGGCUACUUCGACGCGCACGCGUUGGCCAUGGACUACCGCGGCCUGGGCUUCCGUGAGUGCCUGGCGGAGACGGCCCGGUACCUGAACAUCAUGGAGGGUCUGGACGGCGCCGACCCGCUGCGCAUCCGUCUGGUGUCGCACCUCAACAGCUACGCCAUGCAGCGCGAGGCCCACUCAGGGCUGGGUCACCUGGGCUGGGGCUCGGCCUUCGGCACGCCCCCGCCUCACCUGCCCCCCCACCUGCUCAUGCAGCCGCCGCCCCCCCCGGGGGUGGUCAUGGCCCGCAGCACCGGCAGCCCCUCUUCAUCAUCAUCAUCAUCAUCAUCUUCUUCCUCCGCGUCGCCGCCUGCUUCGUCCUCAUCAUCGUCAUCCUCGUCGCUGUCCUCCACCACCACCCCCGGCAGCCCGCCCUCCUCCUCCGACGGCCGGCUCCUCUCCGGCAGGCUCGGCGGCGGCGUGCCCAUGCCCGACGGCGGCGCCCAGACGGUGCCCCUGAGGGUGCCCCCGGUGCUGCUGCCGGGGUCGCCCCCGACCCCCUCCAAACUGGCGCCCCACCUCCUGACGUCUCUCUCGGGGCUGUCUGCGUUCCCCUUCCCCCUGGGCGCCUUCCCCCUGCUCUCCCCCCGCGCCCUCUCCCCCUCCACCGGCUCCGCCAGCCUCGGCAAGCCCUACCGGCCCUGGAGCAUGGAGAUCGGAGCCUUCUGAACUCUCAACUCUGA